GGGGGUGGUGGUUUGGAGGGGGCAAGUCCGUGGGAGAAAGCGCUGGUUUGGAAAGCAACAGUUCCCAGCGCCGCGUAAAAGACGACCCUCGCCUUCCCGAGUGCUGCAUUGCUUUCCCCGUCUCUGGCGCGCUGGCUCUUCGGUGGGAUUAGAAGCUUCUUCUUGGCAGCAGCCAUGAAUUCAGCCGAGCAAACCGUUACAUGGCUGAUCACCCUGGGGGUGCUGGAGUCGCCCAAAAAAAGCAUCUCCGACCCGGAGGGAUUUUUGCAGGCAUCUCUGAAAGACGGGGUGGUUCUUUGCAGGCUGCUGGAUCGCCUGCUACCGGGCACCAUAGAUAAAGUUUAUCCGGAGCCGCGCACCGAGAGCGAGUGCCUGAGCAACAUCCGAGAGUUUCUUCGGGCAUGCGGCGCCACCCUUCGCCUGGAGACCUUUGAUGCAAAUGAUCUCUACCAAGGACAGAACUUCAGUAAAGUGCUUAGUUCCUUGGUGGCACUAAAUAAAGUAACAGCAGAUAUUGGUUUAGGAAGUGAUUCUGUGUGUGCAAGGCCGUCAUCUCACCGGAUAAAGUCUUUUGAUUCCUUGGGAUCCCAGUCUUUACACAGUAGAACUUCAAAACUUUUCCAAGGCCAGUAUAGAAGUCUGGAUAUGACAGAUAACAGCAACUACCAACAAGUGGUAAGAGCUAAAUUUAAUUUUCAACAGACAAAUGAAGAUGAACUUUCUUUUACAAAAGGAGAUAUUAUCCAUGUUACAAGAGUAGAAGAAGGAGGCUGGUGGGAAGGAACUCACAAUGGCAAAACAGGAUGGUUUCCCAGCAAUUAUGUGCGAGAAGUAAAAUCCAGUGAAAAACCUGUCUCUCCUAAAUCAGGAAGUUUGAAAAGUCCUCCAAAAGGGUUUGAUACAACUGCUAUUAGCAAAAGCUAUUACAAUGUGGUGCUACAGAAUAUUCUGGAAACAGAAAAUGAAUAUGCUAAGGAAUUGCAGACGAUGCUUUCUAGUUAUCUACGACCCUUACAAACUAGUGAAAAAUUAAAUUCUGCAGAUACUUCAUAUUUAAUGGGAAACCUAGAAGAAAUUAGUUCUUUUCAACAAAUGCUUGUACAGUCUUUAGAAGAAUGCACUAAGUUGCCUGAAGCCCAGCAGAGGGUUGGGGGUUGCUUUCUAAAUCUCAUGCCACAAAUGAAAAACCUAUACCUUAUGUAUUGUGCCAAUCACCCAUCAGCAGUAACUGUUCUUACAGAACACAGUGAAGAGUUAGGAGAAUUCAUGGAGCUAAAAGGAGCCAACAGUCCUGGGAUUCUUGUACUGACCACAGGCCUGAGCAAACCUUUUAUGCGUCUAGAUAAAUAUCCCACAUUACUCAAAGAGCUUGAAAGACACAUGGAGGAUUAUCAUCCUGACCGACCAGACAUUCAGAAAUCCAUGACAGCUUUCAAAAAUCUUUCUGCACAAUGCCAAGAAGUACGGAAAAGAAAAGAACUUGAACUCCAGAUAUUAACUGAAGCCAUCCGGUGCUGGGAAGGAGAAGACAUUAAAACAUUAGGAACUGUAAUUUACAUGUCACAAGUCAUGAUUCAGUGUGCUGGCAGUGAGGAAAAAAAUGAAAGAUACCUUCUUCUCUUUCCUAACAUUUUGCUGAUGUUGUCUGCCAGCCCAAGGAUGAGUGGCUUUAUCUACCAGGGAAAGCUUCCAUUAACAGGGAUGACCAUCACAAAACUAGAAGAUAGUGAAAAUCACAGAAACUCGUUUGAAAUAUCAGGCAAUAUGAUAGAGCGGAUAUUGGUAUCUUGUAAUAAUCAACAAGAUUUGCAUGAGUGGGUAGAUCAUCUGCAGAAACAAACCAAAGUAACAACUGUUGGGACUCCUGCAAUUAAACCUCAUUCUGUUCCUUCUCAUACGCUUCCAUCUCAUCCUGUAACACCAUCUAGCAAGCAUGCAGAUAGCAAGCAAAUGCCGAUGACUCCGGUCUAUCAUACCCUUCCACACCCUUCACAUCAUGGGACACCUCACACCACUAUAAACUGGGGACCACUGGAGCCACCUAAAACUUCUAAGCCAUGGAGUUUGAGCUGUUUACGACCUGCACCUCCAUUAAGGCCUUCAGCAGCACUCUGUUAUAAAGAGGAUCUCAGCAAAAGUCCGAAAACCAUGAAAAAACUGUUGCCUAAGCGAAAACCAGAACGGAAACCAUCAGAAGAAGAAUUUGCUCUGAGAAAAAGUACAGCAGCAUUAGAAGAAGAUGCUCAGAUUCUAAAAGUCAUUGAAGCUUAUUGCACAAGUGCCAAAACACGUCAAACAUUAAACUCAAUGUUCUCCAGAUUUGUUGAAUGAAUGUGCAGUAUGAUUACUGACACUGCUUUGGAAAUGGGAACUGAAUCCAGUAAAUUUGGAGGACAACAGGUUGGGGAAGGCUUUUCUAGGACUUUCUUUCACCUCUCUACUGCACCAUGGAAUACAUUGAGCAGUUUCUCUGGACUGAAAAAGAGGCCACUCCCACAGAAAAUGAAUAGAGCUCCUGAUAUUACAUGGAUAAUGUUUCUGCUGAGAAUAUAUGUCUUUUUUUUUUGCUGUAAAGUGAGAAUCAUCACUCUGAACAUUUCUGGUCUAAUUUAAUGCUUAUGUAUAAUAAUUAUGUAUUCUUAAUUUAAUAGUAGUAAACAUGGAUGAUAAUGUCAUCACAGAAGUUUCCAAAUUCAACCCUAAAUAUGUGUUUACUAUAGCAAUAUUUAAGUAAAGGUAUUCUUCUUUGAAUGAAAAUAAAAUCUUAAGACUUAUGCAUAUAAUUUUCUUAAUGUAAAAGUGGUUUCCUUUGCCUUCUUACAGGAUUUUGCUUUUUUACUUUUAGGAUCUUUCCUGGUUUUUCAUUCAACUACUAACUGGAUAUGGCCUUGCUUAGUUUUUCAAAAUUGGCCAGGGUUGCUGCUUAGCUAGACACAUACAAAUUUUCAAAUAGUAUAGAUAGUGAAUAAAUCUUGCUUGACUGAUUCGGUUGCUUUUAAUUUAUUUAAGCAAAAUCUCUCUUAUAAAAUAAAUAUUAAAUGCUUGAUAUGGUUCAAUAUGGCUUACCUUUUAAAUGUUUUUUAAAGUUCUUCUUAAACUAAGAAUGAUAGACCAUUAUUCUGGGAAAUUUAGGCUUACUAUGUAUGAGCUCUGAGUCAGUGUCUUCCUGCUGAACAUUUCUGAAAUACUUUUAUUUUAUUAUCUAAUUUGAAAACUUGGCUUAGAUUUUUUUUUCAUUCUGUGCAAACUAGAAUUUCUAAACUGUUAACCCCUAAUGUACAAUUAUGAUCUGUAUAAAAAACAGCACAACAAAGUUCAAGGGUUAAUUAACAUGCUUAAUUGCAGAUAGGCAACCUUCAAGUUACAUAGUUCUGAUAACAUUUUGGAGGGUCAAGGAGCCCUCUCCCCCCACUUCCUUGUUGUCUUACUUUUACAGUUAGCAAUGGUGAACCAACAAUUUGGAUCAGGCUCUGUCUGCAUUGCAGUAGUGAAUGUGUUCUUGUGGUUGUGUUUAUACUGUAUAAGAAAGGAGACAUAACAGAUAUAUCUCCAAUUGUCUUCCAAGGAUUCAUCUGCCACCAGUGCAGCCUUUUAUUCAUUUAUCUUUUUUUAGAAGUCCUAAUCCUAAGCUUUGUACUAAACGAACAAUUGUUGAUUUAUUUAUC